AGAAAGUACCUACUUACUAAUGCACGGAACUACCGACGUGAACACGGCGACAUCGCUCUAUACUUCGUAUGCCUUGCAGCAGACUUCAGUUCAGUGUCUCGUGCGUGAUGGCGCGGGGUACGGAAGAGGGGGAUCAUCAGGAAGAACGCCGAUUCAAGUAAAUCGAAGUAUUUUAAUUAAGAAAAGCAAAAUCGCUGAACAUUCGUCGUCAUCGUUGUUAAUAAGAAUAAUAAACGGUUCUGCGAAAUGUGGGAAAUCUGGAAUCUCGUUGUCGCUUUACUCUCGCGAUCAAGAUUUUUAUCAAUCAAUCAAUAAAAGGAUCGAAUAAACGGGCACUGAAGUUGGCUGUGCGUAGGACAUCUGUACUGCGCAUGUCAAGAACUUCAAACUACUCGGACACUCGGACGACGGUGGAUCAUGGCGGCCGUUACGGAGCUGGUUGUUCGAGUAAGUUUUUGCAAGAUAAUUUGUAAAUGUGCAGUGAUCAGUGACAAUCUGCUCGAGAAACAUGAACUGGGGAUGCCGGGGAUGGACUUUAGAGUACAAUUCGUAAGUAUCUGUCCAAAUAAUUACCAAUAU